GUGGCUAUUUGGUGAAAGGCUGGGCUACUUGAACUCUUGGUGUUGGGGGCUAGCUUUGUACCAGCUCCAGCUCUGAGACCCCAGCUCAGCCAUGCUCCCAGGUCUCUGGGAGAGAAGUUUCUGGUUGUGGGGAUCCUUGCUGUGGUUCAGCAUUGGAAGUUCAGGGUUUGCACCUCCCACCCCACAGCCGAAGUGUACUGACUUCCAGAAUGUCAACCUGCUCCACGGCACCAACCUCAAAGUCCAGUUUCUCCUCUUUACCCCUGCGGACCCCAGCUGCGGGCAGAGGGUGGAAGAAAGCAGUGACAUCCAAAAUGCAGGGUUUAAUGCCACCUUGGGGACCAAACUCCUUAUUCAUGGAUUCAGGGUGUUAGGUACGAAGCCUUCCUGGAUCAAUAAAAUCAUCAGAGUCUUGUUGCGGGCAGCAGAUGCCAACGUGAUUGCUGUGGACUGGGUGUACGGAUCUUCAGGAGUCUAUUUCUCAGCUGUGGAAAAUGUGGUCAAGUUGAGCCUGCAGAUCUCUGGCUUCCUCAGUAAACUCCUGGCGCUGGGUGUGUCAGAGUCAUCUAUCCACAUCAUUGGGGUGAGCCUAGGAGCCCAUGUUGGAGGCAUGGUGGGACACUUCUACAAAGGCCAGCUGGGACGGAUUACAGGCCUGGACCCUGCUGGACCUGAGUACACCAGAGCCAGCCUGGAGGAGCGCUUGGAUGCCGGGGACGCCCUCUUUGUGGAAGCCAUCCACACCGACACUGACAAUUUAGGUAUUCGGAUUCCUGUUGGACACGUGGACUACUUCGUGAAUGGAGGCCAAGACCAACCUGGGUGUCCCAUAUUCUUUCAUGCAGGUUACAGCUAUCUGAUCUGUGAUCACAUGAGAGCCGUGCAUCUCUACAUCAGCGCCUUGGAGAAUUCCUGUCAGUUCGUGGCCUUUCCCUGUGCCAGCUACAAAGCCUUCCUUGCUGGCCAGUGUUUGGAUUGCUUUAACCCUUUCCUGCUUUCCUGUCCAAGGAUAGGGCUGGUGGAACAAGGUGGUAUCAAAAUAGAGCCACUCCCCAAGGAAGUAAGAGUGUACCUGCUGACCACAUCCAGAGCGCCGUACUGUGUGCAUCACAGCCUCGUGGAGUUUUACUUACAGGAGCCAAGAAAAAAGGACACCAGCAUCGAGAUCACCUUUCUUAGCAACAAUGUCACCUCUUCAGUUAAAAUCACCAUACCCAAACAAGAACUCCAGGGCAGAGGACUCAUAGCCCAUCCUAACCCACACUGCCAGAUCAACCAAGUGAAGCUCAAGUUCUGGGUUCCCAGCCGGGUUUGGAAGAAAGACAGGACUACCAUUGCCGGGAAGUUCUGCACUGCUCCUCUACCUGUCAAUGACAAGUGAGAUCCUAUAAUCUGCCCCUCCUCAGUGAAAAGAUGGUCUGCUUGCCGGAGCCAGUCAACUUACAAGCAAGUGUGUCUGUUUAUCAUGACCUGGAAAUAGCCUGUGUUUAGCAUAAUCCUGGACAGGACACAUCUUGGAUUUUUGUUUUUUAGAGAAGUGUGGUAUUUGUGUAUGAGUGUGUGUGUAUGUGUGUGUACACACACAUGUGUGUAACUUAAGCUAGACCAUUACUAUUAGGAGACAGGAUCAUAACCACCACCAUGGAGAAAGGUCCAAUUUUUAGUUAUUUUUUCCAUAAUUAAUUACCAUGGAGGGGAGAGAUGACUCAUUUUAUAGACUUAGAUCUUCAUUGCAAUCUGGAAAGCUUUACAAAGAAGAUACUAUUUCAGCUUCCCUAAUUGUAAGUAACUGCCUCAUAUCCUUGUGCAUCUGUACUUAGAAUGUAGUGGAAAUAUAGAGAAAAAUAUGCUGUAAAAAAUAAAACAUCAGGAAAUA